UUUCCCAAAUCCAUCUCCAUUCUCCGACACAAAAACAGAGAAAUCGUCAUUCACAGUCACAGAGAAAGUCACAUUCACAUGUGAUGACCACAAAAAAAGCCUCAUUGAUUUGUGUGGAAGAAGAAGAAGAAGACUGCAUUGAAAUGGAACCAACUCUUCCUCCCUCCAAAUUCUCCUAUUCCAUUGGCUCUGUCCCACAGAAAACAGAGUUUCAAUCACAGAACAAGAAAAAGCUCAAAAGUUCAGCAGGUAAUGAGAUUGUUCAAAACACCAACACCCCCUUUGGCUUUGUUCGAUCACGCUCACUGUUUCAAAGCAGAAGCUUUCGUGAUGAAAAACCACAUGGUUAUCGAUUUCAAUGGUUCAAUAAAAUCGAUGAAAUGUGCAUUGAUCUUCCAAAGGAACAUUGGUCCAACAAGCCAAAACAGAGCAAACAGAGCAAACAGAGUAAACAGAGCAAGCAAUUCUGGCUGGCACAGAGGUUCAAUGACUCACGAGCUUUCAUCAAAUCUCUGUUUACCAGCACUGGUUGCUCAGAAAAGUCAAGUGCUAUUGCUGCAAACAAAGCAGUGAAUGAUAAACCAAUGUGCCAGCAGGACUAUCAGAGUCAGAACAAGAACGAUGCUAAGAGAAACUCGUUUGAGAAAUUUCAUGAUAAGCCUCGGAGAUCCUGUUCUGUUGUCACAAGGAGAAUUGACAGUGACAUGGUUGAAGAUAAUCGCAGAAGGUUGUCUUUCUCGGGGGUGUUUCAACGGCAUUGUGCUCCAAAGGCUUCAUCUUUGUCAAACACUUCAUCUGGGUCCUCUUCUUUAUCUUCAUCUUUUUCGUCAUUCAGGAGGAGUUUUGGUAUGAAUUCUGAGGGGGAAAGUUCAAUUGAGGAUGCUAUUGCUCAUUGUAAACAGUCACAGCAGAGGAAUGGUGAUGACAAAGCUCUUGAUGAUGAUGAUAAGAAUGGUUCUGAAUCAGCUUCAAAGGUUGCAGGUUGUGGAAAUUGAGAAACGGUGCAGUGCAGCACUUGGCUGAGCUGAAGAGGGAGUGAGAGUGUGGGGUUAGAGGAAAAAUAAUUUUUUAUUUGAAAUGCAAUUGUAUUUUAAAAAAAUUUAAUGCUUGAAUUAAUUGCUUGGAAUUACACCAUUAA